AUGAAGGACAAAAUGUUGAACCCAGCAAACAAGGCAGCCAAGAAGCUUAUAGUCCUUACACUUCGACAGCAGUGGUUGCAAAAUCUUGCACAAAGCACAAGUUUGCUCCCAACUAGUGUAUGCACCGCUCUCCUAGUUGUUGGCCUGCCCACUAUACCUUUGCCAAACUCUGAGCAAGGAAGAGAACCAUGCUCCCACCACUCCACCCUACUCCUGGGAGACCAGGCCCCCAUCACCCUACUCCUGGGAGACCAGGGCCCCAUCACCCUACUCCUGGGAGACCAGGCCCCCAUCACCCUACUCCUGGGAGACCAGGCCCCCAUCACCCUACUCCUGGGAGACCAAGCCCCCAUCACCCACCCCUGGGAGACCAGGCCCCCAUCACCCACUCCUGGGAGACCAGGCCCCCAUCACCCUACCCCUGGGAGACCAGGGGCCCCCAUCACCCUACCCCUGGGAGACCAGGCCCCCAUCACCCUGCCCCUGGGAGACCAGGCCCCCAUCACCCUACUCCUGGGAGACCAGGCCCCCAUCACCCCACGCCUGGGAGACCAGGCCCCCAUCACCCUACCCCUGGGAGACCAGGCCCCCAUCACCCUACUCCUGGGAGACCAGGCCCCCAUCACCCCACGCCUGGGAGACCAGGCCCCCAUCACCCUACCCCUGGGAGACCAGGCCCCCAUCACCCUACUCCUGGGAGACCAGGCCCCCAUCACCCCACGCCUGGGAGACCAGGCCCCCAUCACCCUACCCCUGGGAGACCAGGCCCCCAUCACCCUACUCCUGGGAGACCAGGCCCCCAUCACCCCACGCCUGGGAGACCAGGCCCCCACCACCCAGGCAGGGCGGGAGCUUCCUGGGUGUUGGGCGCCAAACACAACACAACACGGAAAUACUUCACUCAAACUACGUUUGUGGUUUACAUGA